GCGUCUGCUCAGAAAGGAGAUCUAGUUGUCUAACUUGACGAGGAAAGUGGAUUUGAAUUGCCCCGAGAAAGAUACCUUUGCUGCGCUUCGCAGACUAGAAAGUGCUUGAGAGGGUCCAUGCAGUUCCUGUUCUUGUUCCGGCAACAUGCUCGUGCUGCUUAGCACACUGUGGCUCGCCUGUGCGGUUUUCCGAAGCCAAGCCAUCAGUUGCUGUCGAAGUGCUACUGAAUUUGGUGCUUGCAAACAUCACUGUAAUGAGUUGGAGUCCGAAACAGACGUAAGUUUACGCUAUGAGAAGCUCCGUGAACUCCCGGCUUACUGUCCCGGACAUUUGAUCUCUUUCUGGCGGUGCCUUAACGUUUCAAAUCCAGGAAUCAGUAAAUACAUUGGAACAAACCCAUCAAACUUUGCCAAAACCUGUUGCCUUCUUCCUUCGACUGAAAAUUGUCGGAAAGCAUGUCGUGAAGGAAGGUCAGCAGAUCUGAAGAAAACGUGCUCAGAAGCAGAAGAGGGUUCCAUGUACCGAUGUUUGGACAGAUAUCAAGCAUCAAGAAAUUGUUGCACAAGUUCUGUAUUGAUCAGUCAAAAGUGCACGCGUUCAUGCCAAGUGGUAUUUUCAUCCGAGCUUCGGCCAUCAAUUCAGAUGGAGAAAAAUGUGCAAAAGUUUUGUGCAAGACAUCAACAAGUGGUUUCCUGUGUUAAAAGUCUAACUUCUGGCGUGGUACCCUGUACUGAACAAGGAUUGGAUUCUAAGCCCAAAGUUUCUAAAAAUGCAAAGAUAAGAGAUGAGUUUUGGGUUUGUCUUCUUGAAAGCUCAGAGAAAAAGCCACGUCCAGUUUGUCCUCAGAGAAGACCAGCACCUCCAAUACCAGUUUCAGGAGUCGAUGGUGCAAGACUUCAGUGUUGCUCCAAAGCUACAACUAAUGUUUGCUGGGAUCUUUGUGUCCAGAUGUACACUACCAAGUGGGGAAAGGCACAGAACUGGCCUAGAUUUGAUGAAAGCUGUUCCUACAAUCCUAAAGAGAUCAACAUGAUGAACUGCCUAGCUGAUGUGACAGAGCCAUGUCAGCUGGGAUGCUCAGGUCUCAGUUUUUGUACAAACUUCAACAACAGGCAUACUGAAUUGUUCCGUAGCUGUAACAGCAAGUCUGACUAUGGAGCUAAAAGUCACAUGCAGGAAUGGAAAAAAGGCUUCAUUCAAAUGCCCAAUAUUGUGAUUCCAAUAAAGGACAUCAAGAAAUGCCUUCCUGAAACAUGGAAGGCCAUUGCUUGUGUGCUUCAGAUCAAGCCAUGCAGUGUCAAAUCUCACAGAAGUACCAUCUGCAAGCCUGACUGUGUGCAGAUUCUAGAAAAGUGUCGCAAUUCCAGUGCAACUUUACAAUCAAAAUUGCCAGAGGAAGUUUGUAAAGAACUUUCUCCCCCUGAGAAACAAGCACCUUGUAUCUCCCUGCAAGAAUACCUCGUACCCAGCAAGUACACUGAUAUUACAGAUGAAGUGACUCACCCUUGCAAUCCAAACCCAUGCAAAGAGAAUCAAGAUUGUGAUAUAAACAGAAGUUGCUACGGAGCGCUUCUUGACCGGUGUCAAUCACACACUUGUGUUCCAGGUUGUCCCCUGGGUGAUGCAUCAAGUUUCCUUGUGCGAGUCGGAGAGUAUGCAAGGGUGCCUGUUGUGUCUGGCAAAGAAGGUUGCUUCAGGAUGUGCCACUGUGAUGGAACGUCUAAACUCAGCAAUUGUAUAAACCUUGAGUGCAUUGAGCCAAAGGAGUGCACGCUAAAAGAAAAUGUUAUAAAUAACGGCGAAACGUUUAUUGAUGAGUGCAACCUAUGUACGUGUUUCUCGGGAGAACUGACUUGCACAAAGAGAAAUUGUCCAGACUCUGUACUAUCACCGGAGUUCAAUGCAAGUCGGCCCAAACGCAAUCGAACACCCGAUAACGUUUCUACAGAUACAGACACCAUCAAUACUCUACCAUGCGGUUGUAAGAAUGUUUAUGAUCCAAUGUGUGGAAGUGAUGCAAAGACUUACCCCAAUCCUUGUGUGGCACGGUGUCUUGGGUUACCUCCUACUUGGUUAAAGAAAGGCAACUGUGCUUCCAUUGAUCCGUGUGAACCAAGCCCCUGUGAUGCUGAUGAAAAGUGUAUUGUGGAAAGAAAGACUUGUUUGUCCAUAGGUGAUCCUUGUCCUCAAUAUUACUGCGUAUCAGAGGGAAAAUACUGCAGCGAUCUCCAGUUGGACCCAGUCUGUGAUUCGGAAAACAAUCAGCAUCCAAACCUCUGCUCGUUGCAGUUCAACCGCAAGACACUGGCGUACAGAGGAUUCUGCAAGGAUGACUGUAAACCCCCUUCCCCUGCCGUGUGCGGUGUUAACGGAGAGACAUACUCCAGCACAUGCGCAGCGCACUCAGCAAGAGUGAUUGUUGAUUAUCAAGGCCGGUGUAAAGCCGUAGGGACUGGACCUGGGCAUGACGAUGAACCACGUUGUGAGAAUGUCACGUGUCCUGAUAUAAAACCAUCUCACUGCAAAGGAAUCAUACCGCCAGGGGCCUGCUGCCCACACUGUGCGGCUCAAGUUCGAGUUUUAUACAGUCUGAAACAGUUGGCAAAUAAUCGAGAAGGCUUUGGUAUACACGAGUCAGUUACACUGGAACAAGUAUUUCAGAUCCUUCGGCGGCAUAUAUCUACGACUGAAUGCGAUCUCUUCGGAUAUCACAGCAUUGAAGGCGAUGUAGUUGUUUUAGUAAUGGCUAUCACGACAAAGCCAACUAAACUUCAGGUGGAAACCUGUAAUCGCGAGGCGCAAAAGAUUGAAGCUCUUAUUAAUACUGGAACACCGUCAUUCACAUCCGACAUGGUGCUUUCUGCUCUGAAAGCAGCUCAGUCUCGGGUGCCCACGUUAUCAGUUAAGCCGGAUAAACCGGUUUCCGACUCGCGCAAAAAUAAAGCGAGUCGGUUGAACAGUGCUCUUACUGCAACAAUGCUGCCAAUCAUAGUGUUACCUGUCAUGCUCCGAACAGGUAGAAGUUAACAGUGGAUAUUAUACAGAGUAUUUUUUAUGUAAAUGCAAUUAAAUUUCGUCAGCAUAAAGAUAAAUUAUUGUAUUUUUGAAGAAUGAAAAUGUUUUUGUAGACGUAAAAACGGUUCGCGGUACUUUUGUGUAUGCCUGGUAGUAGGAUCUACCGUGCCGGUGACACUUCCUUCGUUUAUUUGGACCUCCUGGCACUUUCGGUUUAACACGAAAGGUUUAGUUUUGAUCGGUUGUUGACUCAGUCAGGUGCGGCACGUUUUACUUCAAUGCGUCACACAAUGGACAGACGAGUCAGUUAUCUCCAGGAAUAACGUCAAAACCAAUUCAAGGCUUUUCUAUUAUAUUACUAUUAUGUUUGUUUGUUUGUUUUUGUUUGGAACAACAAAAACAACUCUUAGAAGAAGAAAGGAUAACAUAAAAUAUUAGUUUAAUAAGGAGAAACCCGUGAAGGGAAUAACAACCCAAGAAGACAUAAGGAUAGAAAAUACUGACUCGGAAUCCAGAUUACGAAAUUGUAACCUUUGACUGAAAACUUGACGCAGCUCCUGUUGAGUAAUGUACGGACCGCCGAAUUUUCAGGCAGAGCAAUUCUGCUGCGCAAAUAUUUGAAAUUCUCGUCUUUCUGAACGAGGUAAGAAGAGAGCAGGAAAGUUUGUGUCUAUAUUUUUUAACAAAAAAGAGAAAACCUCGUACGCUUUUUCUUAGAGAAGCACGUUAUUUCUCUCUGUGUUAAGGUCAAUAUAUUGCGCUACGUUUGCUGACUUUUAAAUCCGAAAAAAAAAAACUGAUCUUACCGUUCCUUAUAUUUUUAUCUUUUCUUCUUUUAAAGAAAGUAAAGAGCGUAUUGAGUGCUAUUUCGAAGCUGAUCGUGUUAGAUUGAUUUUUGAAAUGGCCCAUACAGAUCAUUACGUCUAAAGUAAUAUAUAUAACUCGUUAUGGUUUGUACGAUGUCUUCAAGAAUUGUCCAGACUGAACUUCAAAAGCUCUGACCGUUACUGUUGAGUUAUGCAUCAUUAAAUGAAUUGUAUAACUCAUUUAUGCAUCAGAGACUAAUCUGUUAAACAAAUGUUUAAAUCAAGAAUUGAUGUAUGCCUUGUCACGCGAACUAUAUUGGUAGAUUGCGUGACAAGUUAGUCAAACGUUUUGUUGGAAGUAUUUUUUCUUUUCAAGCUUAUUCAAUCCAAAUGUUUAAAUAAUAUAAAAUACUUAAUAUUUAUUUUAUACGUGAGGAAAAUACCAUUAAUAUUAGAAGUACCCCGGUUAAAAAAAAAGUUUGUAUAUAAUAUUGUCACCCAAUUAUAUCUGACAAAGUCUGUAAAUAUAAAGAUUAAGUUUCUUAAAAAAACACGGGUACAGGUAUUAAAAAACACGUUUUAUACA